UCCCCCUCCGCGUCGCGCUCCGGCCCUUCCUCCUCCACUCGCAUCGCGACAUCGCGUCCACCCGGCACCACACCUCGCUCUCCGCUCUCCGUCUCUCCCCGCCGCGGCUGCGGCUGCUCCCCGGCUAUCACCGGACGCGCCCCGACAACUAUGAGGAGAUACAGUCCCCCAUAUCGCAGCCCCCCCAGGAGGGGAUAUGGUGGCAGAGGAAGAAGCCCCCCACCUAGGAGGGGAUAUGGAGGACGGAAGGAGGGUAGUGGAAGUCUUUUGGUCCGCAAUAUCCCAUUAAGCGUCAGAGCGGAGGAUCUUCGAGUUCCUUUUGAAAGGUUUGGUCCUGUCCGGGAUGUUUACAUUCCAAAGGACUAUUACAGUGGGGAGCCUCGAGGAUUUGCGUUUGUGGAGUUUGUUGAUCCUUAUGAUGCCUCAGAGGCCCAGUAUCACAUGAAUCGCCAGGUUUUCUUUGGUCGGGAGAUAACUGUUGUUCUUGCUGCUGAGUCACGAAAAAGGCCAGAAGAAAUGCGCAGCAGAGCUAGAGUCAGGGGUUACUCUGGUCAUGAAGGUCGCCGCUCUUCUUAUUAUGGGCGUUCUCGUUCCCGUUCCCGCUCUCCACGCUAUCGGGGCCGCCCUCGGUCAAGAUCAUACUCACCUGCUCCAAGGCGGCGAGAUGAUUACUCUGCUUCUCCAAGGAGAAGGGAGGCACAACACGCAUCUCCUCCUAGGCGCCCGCCAAAGGAGAUUGAUGAAGAUAAGAGGAGAUCCUAUUCUCCUGCCAGUAGAGAUGAUGCUGAUAAUGGUUAUGAGAAGAGGUCACCCCCACCUGACAGCGACGGAUCCCCUCCGCACCGGAGGUCUCCCAAGGAGUACUCAGGCUCGCCUCCUGGAUCCCGCUCCAGGUCUGUGGAUGAGUCUCCUGCCCGCAGCGACUGAUUGCUUGGUCACAUCUCUGGUGGUCCGCAGUCCAUCCGUGCCUACAUUGUACCGUCUCACUUUGCUGGACCCGACUUAUUGAACUUGGCCCAUCGGGGCAGUGUUGUAUUGCUAGAAAGUGUCUAUCGUGCUUAGUACCGUGUCCUGUGCUACGUGCGCUUGGUGUUGGCAGCUUGUACUAGUCACUGUUGUUAAAACCUUGAACUUGUAGCAUGAUGCUCGUGUGCUGGGCCACGGCCCAUUUCCUGAGA